AUGUCCUCUUCAGCAGCGGCAUCCAACUCGUCGACACCGGUUGGGGAACCGAUGCAAGCGCCGCAGCCUCAGCCAGCCGGCCGGGUGUCGUUCCGCGACCUGUGCUGCCUGUUUUGCUGCCCUCCCUUCCCGUCGAGCAUCGUCAGCAAGCUGGCUUUCAUGCCGCCCGAGCCGUGCUAUUCGAUCACCGAUGACUGCAAAAUGAGCCUCAUCGAGGGGCGAGCCGACUGGCCGCACGAGCAAGAGGAGCUGAAAUUGGUUGAGAUGUUUACAACAAGGACGAGGCGCAGAAACAAGAUCGCGUGCAUCUACGUCCGGCCCUGCGGCAACCAGGCCAAGUACACGCUGCUCUUUUCGCCUGGCAACGCCGUCGACCUCGGGCAGAUGAGCAGCUUCUACUACGGGCUCGGCUACCGGAUCGGCGUCAAUGUGUUCAGCUACGAUUAUUCGGGCUACGGCUGUUCCACGGGCAAGCCGAGCGAGAAGAACUUGUACGCCGACAUCCAGGCGGCAUAUGAGGCAUUGCAGUCAAGAUUCGGCGUGCCCGCAGAGAGGAUCAUCCUCUACGGCCAAAGCAUCGGCACCGUCCCAUCCGUCGAUUUGGCCUCGAAACAUCCGAAUGUCGCUGCAUUGAUUCUGCACUCCCCGCUGAUGUCCGGCAUGCGAGUGGCGUUCCCCGGCACGCAGCGGACGUGGUGCUGCGAUGCGUUCCCUUCUAUUGAAAAAGUACCGCGCGUCACGUGCCCCACAUUAGUCAUCCACGGCACCGACGAUGAGGUGAUCGACUUCUCGCACGGCGUCUCCAUGUACGAGCGAUGCCCGGCGUCGGUCGAGCCGCUUUGGGUUGCCGGUGCUGGACACAACGACGUCGAGCUGCACGGCGCCUACCUCGACCGUCUGCGUCAAUUCAUCGAGACUGAAGCGGGCAAGCAGCCGGCCACCACGCAGACCAUCCAACAAAAUAGAGAGGCCGUUGGUGACGCGGAGACGAGUUACCAAAGUGGCUUUAUCACGGCCGAGCGGCAAACAUUCAGUGAAUUGUAUCUGUUACCGAUGAGAAAG